CAGGCGCGCGUGAAGGCAUCCUUACCGUCUCCCACUAUGGACUACUCCAACAAUGACGACGGGUUUGCCGGCGGCUCCAGCCCGUGGGCGUCGUCGCCGCAGCACAAUCGCGCAUCUUUCGGACAGCCUCCCACCAGCGACCUCCCCUCAUCUCCGCUGCCUCCGCCCGCGUCGCCCUACGGCCAGGACUCUGAGCAAUAUGGAUACGUGGGCGACAAUGCCCAACAAAGUCGACCCGGCACUGCAUCGACAGAGAACGGCGAAUCGUACCCGGCGCAACCGCAGCAGCAGCAACAGCAGCAGCCCGGCCAAGAUGCGCCGCAGCUGCCUCGGCACCCGAACGCCCAGCAGCAAGCUCCCCAGCCUGGCCAGCAGCCGCAAAGAUACCACGGAACGCGCCCGCAGCGCCAGCAGCAGCACUACAAGUUCCAGGCGAAGGUAACGGGACUCGAGCGCAAUGGCAAGAAGGAUCCUAUACUUCGGUUCGAUGUAUACACCAACUUACCCAAGUUCAGGACCACCCAGUUCCGCGACGUCCGCCGAGUACAUAGCGAGUUCGUCAAGUUUGGUGAACACUUGAUCUCCGCCUGUCCGGAGGCCAUUGUGCCCGCAGUGCCUCCAGCUACGACAUCGGCAGGUGCUGGUACUGAGGAGGACGAGGCGCGCCUGAAGGCUGCUAUACAAAGGUGGCUGAACGUCGUGUGCAGCAACGAGAUCUUGAUCCGCGACGAGGAGAUGGUCUUCUUCGUCGAGAGCGACUUUGGAUACAGCCCAGUCGUGCGGAGGAAGCAGCCUGCCACAGGUGUCCGACGUAAGGUCAUCAAGCAGUUUGCGCCGCCUCCAGACGACACACCAGAGCUCGCCGCCGCUCGACCGAUUGUCAAGGCUUUCUACCUAGGCACAAUGGAGGCUGAACAGAAAGUCGAGAAGGUUGUCAAGCACAGGAGAAAUCUCGGUGUUGCUGAGUCUGACCUGGGUGCCAAGUUCGCUGCCAUGCAUGCUCAAGAGACCCAUGCAGGUCUUGCACAUGCCUACAAGAAGCUGGGCAAGGUCAUUCAGGCGACUGGUGACUUCCACGCCGCCCAGGGCACAGCGGAAGCAACGACCCUCGGCGACCCCCUCCAGUACCACAGCAGCGACGCCUUCAUUGCCAAAGAAACCCUUACAAACCGUCAUAUUCUCCUUCGCGAACUGCUCCAAGCACAAGCAGCUACCAAAUCCAAACUCUCCGCCGCCGACAGGCUCAAGGCCAGCUCCAGCGUAAAGCGCGACAAGGUCGACGAAGCCAUUGCCCAACUCGACGAAGCCCGUAGCCACGAACAAUACCUGACAUCGAAAGCCCAGCGCGUGACUGCAAAUUUGCUGCAAGAGCAAAGGAAAUGGUUUGGUCGGACUACAGCAGACAUGCGCCAGGCAAUCCGUGAAUACGUCAUCCGCGAAAUCGAAGCCGAACGCCGCACCCUCGCGACCCUCGAAUCCGUGCGCCCUGACAUCCGCGCUAUCGACGGCACCGGUGGUCUCUCACGACUAGGCCGCGAAGCGCAUCCUGCCGUACGCCGGGCUUCGCUCGCGACUUCGCAAGGGCCGAAGGGUGACGCGUGGUCUGGUGUGCCAAGGCGACCGGGUGACGGUCUGAACAGGAGUGUGAGUGGAAGCAUCCCCGCCGCUCUCCCUGAAGGUGAUGAGGAGGAGGAUGAGGAGAGCGGGCUCUCGCGCAAGCGCGCCUCGAGCAAGGCGGGAAGCGUGAAGGCGGGAGAGGAAGACGAUGACCGCAUCGAUGCGAAGAACGCGGCGAGCAGGCUGGCGACCACGACUUUCUAGAAGCAAAUUUGUGAUAGGGUGGGCUAAAUGCCAUCGGGCCAGGAGUCUGAGUAGAAGCGCCGUAUCGAAGCAGUGUGCCAACCAAGUGCGUGUAAUCACGAAAUGAUGGUGCGCAGGCAGCUGUCAGUACAUGCUGGUAAUGAGAAGACAUUUAUA